AGUAACAGCUUUAACGAUAUAAAACACAAUGCAAUUAAUUAUGCUGUAAAAUAAACGAUAUCAUUUUACCGUCUUCUGUUUGACAGUUUGCGCGUGAACGUGUGAUACCAAAAGAAUGGAGUCUCUUUUAGAUGGAGUUUAAAUGAUAUUCAGAUGUCAUCGGGUCGUUUGCUGAUGUAAUUUAUAUGAGACAAUUUUCACCUCACCAAUGGCAACAGACGACAAAGCAAGUGUGCCAUUGCUACAAAGAAAGAAUUUCCGAAAGAACGAAGAUUCAAGUAAACAACACGAAUACGGGUCAUUUGAAGACUUUGUUGGUGCAAAUAAAGCAUGGUGCAAGCUUGGAAAAGUUGGUAGCGUUAAGGACAUAAUUGAACACUGGGGCUUAGGCGAGACCAGACUUUUAAUUUCGUAUACAGGAAGUGGUUUCGACGAUGUGGAUGAUUACAAUCGUACUGUGAAACCGGCUUUGGUUAAAAUCAUUAGAUCUUCAGCAGCAUGGGUUCUCACAAACGCUACUGGAUUAGCAUCAGACUUAUUACACGCUGCGGUCCAUGACAUUGAAGCAGCUUCGGAUUAUUUGCCUAUUGCAAUAGGAAUCUUUUCUUUAUCACAGAAAGAAGCGAUAGAGACGAACUGUAAGCUUAAAAGCUGCUGUGACAAUCACCAAUCGUAUGCAUAUUUGUCGCACUUCAUAUUUUACGACGAUGAAACAGACUCUGGCAAAAUACAUGUUGAGAUCGCCGAACAAAUAAGUAAGAACUUCAAGGCGCCUGUAGUGGCACUCGUCAAUGUAACGAUUAAAAAUCACGUUAAAUUCAUUCAAAUGUCAAUUGACAGCAAGCAUCCGGUAAUGACCAUCACUCGGAAUAAAGAUCCAUAUGAGGCGAAAUUCCAUUUUGAAACAAACGCAGACUUAAUUGGAAACGAGACCCUCAAAACAACACAAGAACCAGAGCAGCUGUAUGAUGCAAUAAUUAAAGCAAUUUUAAGAGGAAAAGAUGAACAUGUUGAUUAUCUUAAAAUUGCCGUUGUACUAAAUGCCUCCGAAUCAACAGUUUCUUCAAUGAUUUCAAGCAGCUCAAAAUGGAAGUCCGAGGAAGAGAUAAGUUAUAGACAGAAGAUGUUGUCAUCCGCAUUGGCAUUUGAUUAUGGCGAAACCGCGUUGAUUCUUUUGAGAUCGCUCAACGAAAUUGAUUUAAGAGCUUUAGAAUUUGGGCAAAAGUCCAACAAAUCGAUGUCUCGUGUUGAAAAGUACAUACAGGCCACAGUCGGUGUCAAUAUGAAACUACCCAAAGGAAAAUCAGAUGCUAACGAUUGUGCUUUCGUGUGGGUGUUUAUUUGGGCGAUUUGCAACGAAAAGUUUAAUGUGGCGAACGCUCUGUGGACUUUAGUUGAUUCGAAAAUGGCAGCGGCUUUGUUAGCUUCCCGAUGCCUUUCUUCGAUGCGAAAGAAAAACGUAGACGGAAAUCAACGAGACAAAUUGAAUCAAAAUUGGUCGCUGUACACAGAAAGAACAAACGAAGUCUUGGACAACUGUUACAGCGCAAAGAGAAACCAAACUAAAGUAAUGCUCGUCAAAUCCAGGGAAACAUUUGGGGGUUUGUCUGCAUUGAUAAUCGGAAAAACAAACAAGAAGUUUAUUGAACAUAGAUCAUGUCAAGCAAAAAUAAAUGACAUAUGGAUGGGAUCGUUGAAAUCCGACCAAAACGCAAACCAGAGUUGGAAGAUCGCAAUAUGCCUUGCACUUCCGAUACUAUCUUCCAUUCUGCUUCAGUUCAAAGAAGACCAAGAUCAAAACAAGUGCUGCUUCGUGCUCCCCACUUUCACACUCGGUGGUAAAAUGUGUCUAUUCAUGAACAGUCCGAUCGUCAAGUUUAUGUAUCGCACCGUAUCCUAUGUGGUUUUUCUUAUGUUUCUAUCGCACGAAAUCAUGUUCAAAGUCUACGAAUACCCAACCGUAAUUGAGUACAUACUAAUGGCGUGGGUCUUAGCGUUUCUUACUGAAGAAAUUAAGCAGUUUAUUGAAGAAGACUCCUAUUUCCGAGACGCAUGGAACUGGUUGGAUCUGACUGCAAUAGCCUUAUUUUUGAGCGGCAUAUGCCUUCGAUUUUUAACAUGCUGUCUUGACGUUGGAAGGGUGUUGCUGGCAAUGUCAUUCAUGUUCUUUUCUCUGAGACUUUUGCAUGCUUUCUCGUCGCUGAAAGUUAUCGGGCCCCUUUUGGUUAUGAUUGGAAGGAUGCUCAAAGACUUGGUGAAGUUCUUACUGAUACUGGCCGUGGUUUAUAUUUCAUUUGCCGUCACGAUACAAGCGAUCCUGUACCCCAUGUCUUCAUUUGACUUUCAAACUAUGCACGGCGUAUUAAAGCGGCCAUACUGGAAUAUUUUUGGAGAAUUAGAAGACACGCUAAACGAAUUCAAAGGAGAAAAUUGCGACGAAAAAUCUACGAACAAUAGCAGUGAUUCGAAGCUACAAAGGUGUCCUACCACUCUUGGAACCUACAUAGCACCCGUAAUGUUUGCCAUAUAUAUGAUGAUUGUCCAGAUCCUAUUGUUGAACCUCCUCAUCGCCAUGUUCAGCUAUUCCUUUACGAAAAUCCACAACGACACGGAUAGGCACUGGUGCUACCUGAGGUUUAGAUUGAUACACGCGUAUUACCACUUGCCUAGCCUACCACCUCCGUUCUCCGUGUUUUACAACGUCUACGCCAUUGUGAAGCUUGUUUUCCGGCGUUGCAAACCCGAUGCCUCAAUCGGAACGAAUGCUUUCUGCGUGAAGCUGAACAAACGCGAAAACGAAAAGUUACAACGAUGGGAGACCAUUCAUUCUUACGAAGAAACACCGUGGAAUCCCAAAACUGAGUUACACGAAGAACCAACAGUUCCAAGCACAGGAUCGAAAACUAAUCAAUUUGAUACCGGUGGUAGGAAAGUGUUUUCUAAACACUUCAAAAGCAAAAUUCUGCGUAAUCAAAUUGCAAGUCUUUACGCGAUUCAUGAUGAUGAAGUGUGAAGAUUAAUUGGAAAACUGAAUAUAUAAACACUUGGUAAUUGGCACACAAAGAUAUGUUAGUUUAAACAUAUUUAUUUUAGCUUGAUUGCAUCAAACGCCUUAGGCUUAUUUAAAACUCUAUCGAAUCCGUUUCCUGGGACUUGAACCAGUACUUGAUGUCUAAAGAAUGCUCCCACAUUGGGGAUCGAAUCAUGGACCUCCCGGUCGCCUUGCGGACACCACAUCUACUACACCACGCAAAGGAUAUGUUUAUUCAGCUGGGCGUAGAAAGCCUAACAAACGAGCGUUUUUAGAGCACAUUAACACAUUUGAUAGAAGUAUUCAGUGAGUAAAUGCAUGUAUAAGGAAUUAUUUAGUAAACAUGAACUCGAGUGGAUGCAUCAUAUAAAAUACUGACAUCAUAAAUAUAGAGUUGCAGACAUUAAAAUGGUUGUUUCACCCAUUUUUAUAAACAGACUGCUACAUUAAUAUAUAAAAUUCAUGCCUUCUAUUUGUAUGAAUUAGUGUUUACCGUAUAAAAACUCUCCCAAUUACCAUACAGUACAUGGUAAGAUACUUACAGUCUUUAAAAAUUGAGCUCAUGAUUUUUUUACUACUAGGGGUAAGGAGCCUGGUACUUUAUAUCUAAGCGAAUUAAGUUGCUUUAAGGGAAAUCGAGUUUGUUUGGCCAAAAAGGGAAACUAGAGUUUUAUAGGUAAAUAUGUAUGCGAAAGAAGACACGGACAAAGAACAAAACUUGAAACAGGUUUUAUUUAUUACAAUGUUUGAAAUUUGUUAAUAGGACAUAUUUCUCUGCUUUGCAUCCUUAAAAUCAAAGAAAGAGAUGAUACAAAACACACAUUUUCCGAGCACCAAAUACACUCUAAACGAGAAUUUAUCAUGUGUUAAUUUCAUGCCUUUUCAUUAUAGU